AUGGGUAAUUCAAAUAUAAAACCUAGAGAUGUCAAAGAUGACUUCAAACACGUACAGGAAAUUGGGGAAGGAGGAUUUAGUUCAGUGUAUUGUGCAGUUUGGAUCGAUGGGUUAAGAAAAUUGAAUAGUUUAGAUUAUGAUGCAAAACAAACCAGAAGUGGGCCUAUUGAUGUAGCACUAAAAACUUUAACAAAAUCAUCAAAUCUAUCAAUUGAGUUCUUGCAAGAGCUUGGAAAAUAUUUUAGUAUUUAUGGCAUAACCUAUCAUCCAACAACGCAAGAAUACAUGUUAGUCGUCGAAUAUGCAGAUAGGGGAGAUCUACGAACAUGUCUCAGAGUAUCCAGACUUGAUUGGACUGAAAGGCUUCAAAUCUUAACAGACAUUUCGUACUCUUUGGAUAGUAUUCAUCAAGCAGAAUAUAUGCACAAAGAUCUUCAUAGCGAAGAUGAAGCUGAUGGUGGUGAAAUACAAAUACAUCCUGAAGCUGUAUAUACAUGUAGAAUUAUGGAUUUUGGAAAUCUUAAUGAAACUGGAG